CCAACUAAGACAGACAAAUUUAGAAUGUUCAAAAACCUACGACAUUUCAACGUUCUAUGGACCAAAACCUUUCCCAUUUCCCUUCUUUCUUUCUUUCUUUCAAACCCCAAUCCCACUCUUUUUCCUUUCCAACAAAAUUCCAAUCCCUUAAACCCACCUCAAUUCCCACCUUCUUCACCUUUUUACCUCUUUCUUUCGACUCUUUUCACCUCCAUUUUUGUUUUUCCUGACAUGGGUUUUCCAUAUCUUUUCCUGUUAUCUGCUUCCUGAUUAUUUAUUUAUUUAUUUUUUUGGGAGGGGGAUUUUUUGAUUGAAUAUUGAUUUUCCGGAAACUCUAAAAACGUGUAGCAUAGAAGGGUUAUAUAUAAUAUACAUGAAGGCUUUUGAAUAUAAUAUGGAGAGGCAGAUAAUCGGAAAGAGCCGCAAAAAGUUAUGGUUCAUUGUCUCUGCCUCCUUUCUUUUCUGGUUCUUAUUUCUUUACUUUUAUUCGGAAUUUACUGUUGGUAAAAAGCCUAGCACGUUGUUGGGCAAUGAUUUUGCCAAUUCUGAGAAUGACCGAGAGUCUAAUUCUGCCCAUGUGCCUGAAAGCUCCUAUGAGCUUGUUACCCAAUUGCCUGAUAUGGGUAUUCAAAUGAAUGAAGAAACAGGGGAUGUCAGGAAUGAUGUUGGAAAAACUGGGCCUAAUAGUAAUAGAACAAGAAAUUUGGAAAGUGCCAAAAACAUUUUCCAUGCUGAAGAUGAUGGGUUUGAAUCUGUUGACCAAAUGGUUGUUUCUGUCAAAGAAUUGGAUCCUGAUGAUCAAACACACCCAAGAGACAACGAAGGUCAGUUUGUCAAUGAAUUAGUUUCUGGUAGCUCAGAGAAUAGAGAAGAAUCAGAGAAUGAAGUUGCUCCAAAGGUUGAUGGAGAUAAAAGAAACCCAGAUCUUCCAAAGCAAUCUAGUACAGAGAAUCAAAGGGGUUUUGAUGAAUCUGAUAUAGACUCUUGUUUGGGUAGAUAUAUCUAUGUUCAAGAUCUCCCUAGGAGAUUCAACGAAGAUUUGCUGAAGAAUUGUCGUUCCCUUAGCAAUUGGACUGACAUGUGUGAGUUCACAUCGAAUUUGGGACUUGGUCCUCAUCUUCCAAAUUUUGUGAAGGUUUAUUCAAAGACAGGUUGGUUUGGUACGAAUCAGUUCUUAUUGGAAGUCAUAUUCCACAACAGAAUGAAGCAGUACGGGUGCUUGACAAAAGACCCAUCAAUGGCUUCAGCAAUUUUUGUGCCAUAUUAUGCUGGUCUUGAUGUUGCUAGGUACCUCUGGGGUUCAAACAUAACCAUGAGAGAUUCUGGCCCUCUCCAACUUGUAAAGUGGCUCAGAGGUAAGCCUGAGUGGAAAAAAAUGUGGGGUAGAGAUCAUUUUCUUGUUGCUGGAAGGAUUACUUGGGACUUUAGGAGGCUAACAGAUGGGGAAUUUGAUUGGGGUAGCAAGCUUAUGCUUUUGCCUGAAUCCAAGAAUAUGACCAUAUUGACUAUUGAAUCAAGUCCUUGGCACAACAAUGACUUUGCAAUACCAUAUCCUACAUACUUUCAUCCUUCAAGGGACAUUGAGGUGUUUCAAUGGCAGAACAGAAUGAGGAGACAGAAAAGGAGAUUCUUAUUUUCCUUUGCUGGUGCACCAAGGCCUAAUCUUCAAGAUUCUAUUCGGAACGAGAUCAUUGAGCAGUGCCGGGCUUCAAGGAGGAAAUGCAAACUGCUUGAAUGUGUUAAAGGUUCAAACAAGUGCUAUAAGCCAGUUUUUGUGAUGAAAAUGUUUCAGAGUUCUGUGUUCUGCUUGCAGCCUCCAGGGGAUUCAUAUACAAGGCGAUCGGCUUUUGAUUCGAUCCUGGCAGGGUGUAUUCCGGUUUUCUUUCAUCCGGGUUCAGCAUAUGUUCAAUAUAUAUGGCAUUUGCCAAAAGACCAUAACAAAUAUUCUGUGUUGAUACCUGAUUUUGAUAUAAAGAAGAAGAAUGUCAGCAUCGAGCGGAUUUUGCACAAAUUUCCAAGACAGAAAAUUCGUGCAAUGAGAGAAGAAGUUAUAAGACUGAUCCCGAAACUGAUAUACGCAAAUCCAAGUUCCAGAUUGCAGAACCUUGAUGAUGCAUUUGAUAUAGCAAUUAAGGGAGUUAUUGAAAGAGUGAGCACAAUAGAGAGGGAGAUGAGAGAGGGAAAAAAUUCUAGUUUUGAUUAUUUAGAAGAGCUUACUUGGAAAUACAAUUUGUUAGGGACAGUAGAGGGAGAGCAUGAAUGGGAUCGUUUCUUUGCAAGAUCAUAGAAUGUAAAUAUCCUUGUUAAAAUAAAAUUUUGAAGAGAGUAUAGCAGAGGAGAAAAAUAUGAAAUCAAAGGGCUCAAAUUUACAGGUUUUUUCUUAUAGCUGUUUGCAGGUACAACUAGUAAUUGUUAUUAUGCAGAAAUGUUAUUGCACUAGUAGUUAAUUUUCGUGUUUCAACAUAUAUUUCUUGAGUUAUUCACCAAACCAAUCUCCCAACUUUUUCUUCUUAAUUGCUUGGUAUUUGUACAACUACAUGGUUCUUCUA